CCCUGUGUCUUCUCCAGCAGCCGAGUUCACCGAUGAGGGAGAGCAGGGAGGGGCGGAGACAGGGAAGGCAGAAUCGGCGGGUCCGGGAGGGCAAGAGGUAGAGUCGGAGAGUCAGGAAGGUUUGGAUGAAGAGUUCGUGGAGCCGGGAGGGCAGGAGGUAGAAUCGGAGACACUUCCCCCCUGCUACGCGCGGACCAUCUAAUCGUCGUGCGCAGCAUGAGCUUGCUAGUUACAACACUGCUGCAAAUCAGAAUGAUGAAGUUAGAAGUUGCAGAACCCGUGCGCAAACUCGGACCGUAAACCAGCAGAGCGUAUCCGGUCUCAUGGCCACUCUAGGACCUAUCCCCGCAUCUGAAAUUGUAGAAGCACUCUUAGUGGGGCAGAGAGCGUCGGAUACUAUGGAACUGCCGAGAGAGCUCAUUCAGGAUGUAGAGACAGAGCCUGGAACGUUCGCGUUAGCAGUAAAGGCCCCGAUAGGCUGUAACGUGAUAGAUGCUAGAUGGGUCUACAACUGGAAAGCAGACGAAACAGGCAAGAUGGUGAAGGCCAAGCCUGGUCUUGUAGCGAAGGGCUUCAAGCAGAAGCAUGGUGUGGAUUAUCUUGAGACUUUCUCGCCUACUGCAAAUGCUGCAUCGAUUCGUUUGCUGGUAGCAUUGGCGUGCAAGUACAACUUGGAAUUACUCCACUUUGACAUUUAGCAAGCGUUUGUUCAGUCGGAAUUGGAUCAUGAGGUGUUCAUGAAGUUGCCUCCUGGCUGCGAGUCGAUGUCAGGAAAGGUCGUCCGUUUAGACAAGAGUUUGUAUGGACUGAAGCAGGCAUCUAGAACAUUCACAAGAGACUAGUGUCGAACCUGAAGACAAAUGGUUUUGAGCAGUCUCUGUCUGACCCGUGUGUUCUUCGUUUCAUUAUGGGGGACGAGGUGAUGGGUAUGGUCGCGAUUCAUGUGGAUGACAUUCUAUAUGGAGGAAUUGAGAGGCUCGCCAAGUUGGUUGUGGA